AUGAGUAGAAGAGGUGGCAAGCCGAAUAGAUGUGGUGGUAAAUUUAAUCGCUCCAGAGGUAGAGGUGGUGGUGGCAGUAGCGGCAGGAAGGCAAAUGAAAGUGACGUUUACGACUACGAUGAUAUUGUGUUGGAAGGACCUGGUAGUAUGGUGCCGACAGGAAAACCAUCUACAAGAGGCCGUGGACGAGGUGGUAGUUCAAGAGGGGCUCGGGGAAGCGACAGAGGUCGAGGUCAUAGUGACAGAGGGCGAGGCCAUUAUAGUGACAGAGGUCGAGGCCAGAGUGAGAGGGGUCAAUGGAGUGACUCACACAGGAGUUCUGACCGACCAAGGAGACAGGAUGUCCGUGUUAAACUACAAACACUGUAUAUGAGUGAGGAAAACCAGGAUAUGGUACGAGACAUGUUCAAAGAUCUCCAUGGAGAAGAACCUGACAUUAUGAGUGAGGAGGAGUAUGAUGAGUUAGAUAUGAGAACUGAGGACCAAUACUGGAUGACCAAAGAUCCUUUACAGAUAGAAGAUGUCCAGGUCUACUACGGCAAAAAGAAGGGCAGUAAAAUGGAUGCUGAAUGCAUUAGUCACAUCGCCAUUAACAAACUGAUGAGAUAUGGGUAUGAGAAGAAACGAUGCGUCGAAGCUCUACAGUUACAUGAUGGUGACAUAGGAACAGCAUUUGAAUACUUAUUCUGUAAAUGUUUUGACAUCAACAUAAACUUAGAGACAGAAGUUGAUGACAAUGGAAAUGACAAUAGUUCUGAUGAGAAUUUCUUAGAUGAGGAUAAAAAGGACCCCAAAAAAAUCCUAGCAGAACUUGGUCUGACAUGGGAAGAUAUCGAAGAACAAAGAAAUGAAGAAAUAAUGGCCUUGAAAUCAAUAUAUGAAGACAAUUUUACUGAAAAGAUUCCCAAUAAAGUCUGGUCACUAUGUCUAGAUCUUCCUUCUCUUAAAGACUUGAUAAAAUCUCCAAAACCAGAGGAGGAAGAGACAGUUCAGGAGAAAAAAGAUAAAAAUGUUGAAGUUUGUAGAUUCUAUUUGAAAGGAUUUUGUCGAUUUGGAAAGAAAUGUCAUUAUUCUCAUGAAAUUCCAAAAGUUGUUCAAAAGAUUUUUAUACCAAACGAAGAGCUUAUGAAAAAUAAGCCAGAUUUUGAAUUAGAAUUUAGAUUUCCUGAAGAUAAUCUGUACCCUGUAGAGGCACCUAUUGUUGGAUUUUCCUCCACUCUGCCAAAUUUUCCUCCUCAUGUGUGUCUGCUUAUCACAGAGCGCCUGCGAAAAGAAGCUAUCGACUGUGCGGAAAUGCAUGCACCUGCUGUGUUUUCUUUAGUCAGUGUUCUGGACGAUGAAACAACUGUUGUACAUUUGUAUAAUAAACCGCCACUAGAGUACAGUCAGCCUGAGUGUAACCAGUCCUGGCGACGGAAACAAAAACUGGAGGAGGAACAAUCUGCAGUUAUGUUUCCUUUCAAAAGACAGACAUCCUCGGAGGAAGACUAUAAAUCAGAGACAGCUACAAUGAUUAGAAUGGCAGAACGUGAAAACCAGUUAGACGAAGAAGAAAUUAAGAUGGAAAAAAAGCGAUUCAAUACAAAAGAUAGUAAUAUCAUGAAACAAAUGAACAUGGGUGAGACACUGAAACAGAACAGAAAGUUGAAAGAUGAAUACCAAAGGAAAAAGAAUUCCAAAGCUCUGCAGAAUAUGAUGAACCAGAGACAAAAUCUACCAGCUUGGAGCAUGCAAGAUGAAAUUCUAGCUGCUCUAGAGAGCCACCAGGUGUUGGUUGUCAGUGGUAUGACUGGGUGUGGUAAGACGACACAAGUCCCGCAGUUUAUCUUAGAUUCAUAUCUGGAGUCUAAAGACUUGAAAAUGUGUUCAAUCCUGUGUACCCAACCACGCCGUAUCUCGGCCAUGGCUGUGGCUGAGCGUGUGGCUGAAGAAAGAGCAGAGAAACUUGGUCGGACUGUUGGUUACCAGAUCAGACUGGAGAAAGUUCAGUCAUCUCUGACACGGCUGUUGUUCUGUACUACGGGGAUUGUGUUGCGGACGCUGGAGGGAGAUUCUACACUCGAGGGUAUAACACAUAUCAUUAUAGACGAGGUCCAUGAACGAUCUGAGGAGAGUGACUUCUUGAUGAUGUACCUAAAGGACAUGCUGCCAAAACGUAAAGACUUGAAGGUGAUCCUGAUGAGUGCCACGCUCAAUGCCCAGUUGUUCUCUGACUACUUCGGUGGCUGCUCCAUCAUAGAUAUCCCCGGGAGAACAUUUCCUGUUGAUCAGUAUUUCCUUGAGGAUGCUGUGGAGUUCACAAGGUUUGUUAUGGAAGAAUCCUCACCCUAUGCUCGCCCACUCAAGCACAGCAAUGCUGUGCCAGGAAGGGGUGGAUUCAUUGACCCAAACCAGUAUGAGGAUGACAGGACAGAGGCGUCACAGCCACCAAAGGAAAAAGCCAAGGAUGAAAAUCUAACAGUGAAGCAGCUAUUUAUGAGAUAUUCUGAUUAUCAUAAGUCAACAUGCAGAUGUAUGGCUCUGAUGGACAUGAACAAGAUCAACUACGACCUCAUUGUCACCUUGUUAGAGUGGAUUGUCGAGGAGAAGGAAGGGUUUCCAAAUGGGGCUGUCCUAGUCUUCCUUCCAGGCUUUGCAGAAAUUCAAACUCUUUAUGAGAUGCUCCAAUCAAAUUCAACAUUUGGUAAUCGAAACAAAAAGAGUUACAAGAUAAUACCGCUGCAUUCCACUUUGUCCAGUGAAGAUCAACAUGCUGUAUUCUUAAAACCACCAGAGGGAGUAACAAAGAUAGUCAUAGCAACAAAUAUUGCUGAAACAUCCAUCACUAUAGAUGACAUUGUGUAUGUCAUCGAUGCUGGCAUGAUGAAGGAAAAACGGUACGAUGCUUCUAAAGGUAUGGAGAGUUUGGAGACAGUGACGGUGUCGCGUGCUAAUGCCCAGCAGAGGAAGGGACGUGCUGGGCGUGUCACUAAUGGUGUUUGUUUCCAUCUGUUUACCAGUCAUAGGUAUCAAUACCACAUGAAGGAACAACCCAUACCAGAAAUACAGCGAGCUCCACUUGAACAGAUUGUUCUAAGGAUAAAAAUGUUGGACAUUUUUAACAGAUUACAUGCUCAGGAAGUACUGGAACAGUUACCAGAGCCUCCAGAGAAAGAGUCCAUUUUAGCUGCUAUCAGACGUCUUCAAGAUCUAGGAGCACUGGAUGAACAGGAUGAAUUGACACCACUGGGAUAUCAUCUGGGCUCUCUCCCAGUAGAUGUCAGGGUCGGUAAACUGAUGCUGUUUGGAGCUAUUUUCCGCUGCCUAGACCCUGCUCUGACAAUAGCAGCUUCACUCAGCUUCAAGUCUCCUUUUGUAACCCCAUUUGAUAAGAAAGAUGAGGCUACAAAGAAAAAGGUGGAAUUUGCCACUGGGAAUUCUGAUCACCUGACCAUGGUGAAAGCCUACCAGGGAUGGAUUGAUGCCAGAAAAAGAAGUCAGUAUGCUGGAUAUAGCUAUUGUCAUGAUAACUUCCUGUCUCAGAGGUCACUUGAGAUGCUGGCGAGUAUGAAACAGCAGUUUGUGGAGUUACUAUCAGACAUUGGUUUUGUGAAGGAGGGGAUCAGUCAGAGAGACGUGGAACGUGCAGGUCAGAGGGGCUCCGACGGGGUACAUGACAUCACAGGUUCAGAGGCAAAUAUCAACUCCUCUAACUGGAAGAUUGUUGCAGCCAUACUAGUAGGUGCACUGUAUCCUAAUGUUGUACAGGUCCUGACUCCCGAGGCAAAGUUCAGCAUGAGCAGUAUGGGUGCUAUUCCGAAGCUUCCAAGAGCGGAUGAAUUACGAUUUAAAACAAAGGGAGAUGGUUAUAUCCACAUCCAUCCAUCAUCUGUGAACUUCCAAGUGAACCACUAUGAGAGUCCUUACCUUGUUUACCAUGAGAAAGUCAAGACUAGUCGUAUCUAUAUUCGAGACUGUACUAUGGUCAGCAUUUAUCCCUUGCUGUUGUUCGGAGGUGGUAGUAUUAAUGUAGACCUGGAGAAAGGCAAUUUUAUUCUAUCUGUUGACGAUGGAUGGAUACGAUUUAUGGCAAACACACAUCAGGUUGCUGAGCUUGUGAAGGAGUUGAGGUUAGAGCUGGACCAACUUCUGUCUGAUAAGAUACAGAAUCCUCACAUGGACCUUCUGACUUGUCCAAAGGGCAGUAAAAUAAUAGACACCAUUGUCCGCCUCAUCACCACACAGUGAUUGCACACCAUCAUUGAGGUCACCUUUCAUCAGGGAGAAAUGCAUUAUCGUCUUUCCUUAAAAACCAAACAAGAGUGCAAUAUUUAACUGAGAAAAGUUAUGGUUGAUUAAAAAAAAUGGCAUGUUAUGACUGUAAUGUUGUAAAAUAUGAAUACUGUUCAUAAUUCAGGUCAUACCCAUUUUAGGUCAUUUGGUAUGAAGAACAUUUGUAGUAUCAAAUCAUACAAUGGUGCUUUAUCCUAUGUCAAUUUAUUUUUCCAUCAACUUUUUGUAUGUCUUCUUCAGAACCGUUAAGCCAAAUGUCAUGGUAUUUGUCCUAUGGUUUGCUGGACUACAUUUCUAUCUUGAUUACACUGAAUUACCUUGGCUCUCUAGUGAGUGAUAUGGAUCAAAUGUAGGGGCUCUUGUUUAAGGUAUAUUUUGAUUGAUUAGAAGUGAAUGAUGAAACUUUUCUGAACUGCCUUGGAGAAGUGUCAUACUGCUUCCUUCAAAUCCCUGUUUAAACAACACAUUGUUCAUGAUAGGUUUUAAGAAUUAUGGGUGCUAAUUUAAAGAAUUUUAAUUUCUUUCUAGAAUGCAUAUUGUUUUUCUGCUUUUUGAAACUUUUACUUUUCCAUUGUUUGCUUGAGAUGUGUAGAUAUAAUCAGUAUUAGACAAUAUCUCCUGGAGUGAUACACAUAUACAUUUACAUCAUAGACCAGCUUGUUUACUACUUGGGCGAUACACAUAUACAUUUACAAAAUAGACCAGCUUGUUUACUACUGGGGCAUUACACACAUACAGUUACAAAAUAGACCAGCUUGUUUACUACAUGGGCGAUACACAUGUACACUUACAAAAUGGACCAGCUUGUUUACUGCUGGGCUGAUACACAUAUACAGUUACAUAAUAGACCAGCUUGUUUACUGCUGGGGCAAUACACACAUACAGUUACAUAUUAGACCAGCUUGUUUACUGCUGGGGCGAUACACAUAUACAGUUACAAAAUAGACCAGCUUGUUUACUACUGGGGCGAUACACAUAUACAGUUACAAAAUAGACCAGCUUGUUUACUACUGGGGCAAUACACACAUACAGUUACAAA